CGAUAAAGACGAAGGCGUCAAAAGAAGGCGGGCAGAUAAUACUGCAAGCCAGCGGGCUGUGAAGGAGCUCUACUUGACCCACCCGCUCGACCGGCGAAGCAGCGGGGCAAGACAGUGCUUGCCUGGCCUCACCGAAGAGCAAUUGAACCGAGUGAAAAAGACAAAAACGGGGCGCGCCGACGGGCCGGGAGCCACCAGAACAGCGACCACAAACACAAUAGAGAUGGCGGCGGUCGCAGCGGCAGAGCGUGACCCGCUGGAUGAUGUCGCGGACAGGGUCGGGUCGCUCGACAGCGUCGACAAGAUCGGGAGCCUCGACGAGUCCGCCUUUUCCGCGGCGGGCGUCUCACCAAGCGGGAGACCGGCCUCCGAUCCCUCUCGCAGAGGUAGUAUCGACCUCAACCAGACGAUGUUAGCAAGUAUGUUACCUGAUCUUGAUGCGCGAGUAGUGGCCGAGCUCGUGCGGUCCGGUCGAUCCGCCUCGAUCGCGUCGAACUCCCAGGACGCCUGGGGCCACUCGCCACCCGCACUCACGGGCGGCGAACUCGACUUUUUGAGUCAUACGCCACCGGUAGCCGCUUCAGCCGAAGAUAAGCCGAGCACCGCGCGACGGCGGACGAGCGGUCCUAGACAUGGCACGUAUGAACGCCAAAACGGUUCCGACUGGGGCGGGCGCCAGCCCGAACUCAGUUCGUCGAUGGAGGCUCUCCGGCUGCGAGGCCCCCCGAAGCCGCCUCGACCGCCGCGCGGCGGGCGCCACGCCGUGCGCCGCCUGCGAAGCGUCGCGACGCUGCGCCAGCAGAAUGUGGUGGAUGACCAGCAGGCGAACGCCAUCAAGGACUUGCUCGUGCUCGGAGAUCAUGACGAGCUGCACUCGGCAUUAGAUAGGUAUGUGGAGAGCAACAUGACCGAUUCCAAAGAAUUGGUGGAGUUAGCGAAGCGGGGCGGCUUGGAAAUGACGCAAGGGAGCUCCGUCGGCACGAGUCCCGCUUCCGCGCGGCUGCGGGGCGACUCGGUCGCGUCUGUAGGGUUGGAAUUUGAGCACCUGAUGGACCUCGAUGCGGGACUCAGUGGCGUGCCGGUCGUCUUCGACGGGCCCUCUCCUAGGAGACGUACGGGCUCCGCCGGAAGCGCGUCCGACGGCCUCGGCCCCGCGUUCGCGAUGGACUUCGAGGACCCGGAAGGUGCGGCCCACGGCGUCCGUUGAUCUUCUCGCGCGUCGCGUCGAUGGCGUCUGGGGGAGAGCAGGCCGCGGGUGGUCUUUUCGCGAGACGCCGUCGUCACGAUCACACGCGCAGGCCCGCUCUUCGGCGGCAACUACGACGACCCCGACGGCUUCGCGGAGGCGCCGAUGCGGCGGCGCGCGCGACCUGCCAGAAGGCAGGCGCCGCCGCCGCCGGAGCCGGCCUACGCGCGGCCGGUGGCUGGUUCUUCACCGGUCGCGGGAGCUGUGUCGUCGACAAUACAGAUGAGCGACGUGCCGCCUCUGGAUCGGAUCUUGCGGGGCGAGGCUCCCACGUAUGAUGCCCUCGUGAACUACCCUCGAGCCAAAGCACGGGGUGCUCGCCACUGCGUCAUGUGCGGGCGGCAGCCGUCCGCGGAUGCCGGGAGGGCGCCGCCCGUGCCGCGACCGCCUCCCCCGAGGCAAGGGAAUCCGCCCGUCACCGUAGUGGUCUCUGGACAGAGGACCCCGCAGAAGACCAUCCCCGGCCAGGAGCCCGUAACGCCGGCGACGCCCCCUCCCAUGCCGCCGAUCCGCCGCGGCGGCGCCGUCAUCCCGAAGCAAAACAAGGACGUCUGUAGGGAAUGCGACAAGGCGACCUGGGUCCACGCGUCGACGGGCUGCUACUUCAAGUGGUGCAAGGGCUGCAAGCGGUUCCGGAAUUUACGCGGAUUUGCCGGGAAAUUAGCUGCUUCUAAAUGUGAUGGCUGCCGCGCGCGCGGGCGCGAGGGCUACAUGCGCCGGAAGGAAGGCGGGACGACGCAGGAGGAGGCGCCGGCGCCGGCGCCGUCCUCCUCUAGGCCGCGCGGGUCGACUCGCGGGGCGCCGCCGGCGCCGGUCACCGUCGUCGUGCGGCCCGACGCCUGAACGCGCGUCGUGGACGCGCACCAUGCCUCCGGGCGAAUACAUCUAUCUGUCGCCGGCGCCGACGCGCCCCGGUGGAGUCAAAAGUUGACAAAUCUCCCCCUGACGUCCGUGUAAUUAUCGGGUCCCCG